AUGGUGAACAUUACGGAGAAGAUCAAAGAAAAACUGGCCCGUCUUCGUGCCCAGUUGCUUGAACCCGCUGCCGGUGCAGGCUCUGGUGGUGGCGCUGGCUUUGAUGUCAGCAAAAGUGGUGAUGCGCGUGUUGCGUUGGUUGGUUUCCCCUCCGUCGGAAAGUCUACUUUCCUGUCGAAAAUCACCAAGACCAAGUCCGAGGCGGCUGCCUACUCUUUCACCACGUUGACGGCUAUUCCCGGUGUGCUUGAAUACGGUGGUGCCGAGAUCCAGAUUCUGGAUUUGCCUGGUAUCAUUGAGGGUGCCUCCGAGGGUAAGGGUCGUGGGCGUCAAGUCAUUUCCGCAGCCAAGACUAGUGAUUUGGUUCUCAUGGUUCUGGAUGCCACAAAGCGUGCGGAACAGCGCGCUCUCCUCGAGGCUGAAUUGGAUGCAGUGGGCAUUCGACUUAACAAGGAGCCCCCGAACAUCUACCUCAAGAUUAAGAAUGCCGGUGGCAUGAAGAUUACCUUCCAAACACCGCCCAAGUACCUGGAUGAGAAGAUGAUCUACAACGUCAUGCGUGACUACAAGCUUCUCAACUGUGAAAUUCUGGUGCGAGAUGAAAAUGCUAGCUUAUACGUUUACAACAAGAUCGACGGCAUCAGCCUGGAAUUCUUGGACCAACUGGCCCGCGAACCAUACACAGCUGUCAUGAGUUGUGAGCUCGAUCUUGGCGUGCAGGAGGUCGUGGAACGUAUCUGGAAGGAACUAAGACUGAUGCGGUUAUACACGAAGAGAAAGGGAGUUGAUCCCGACUUCAGCGAGGCUAUGAUCGUUCGCCGGGACUCGACUAUCGAGGACGUGUGUGACUCUAUUCACCGCACAUUGAAAGACACCUUCAAGCACGCCUUGGUAUGGGGUGCUAGCGCUCGUCAUGUCCCGCAGCGCGUGGGGUUGGGACACAUGGUAGCGGACGAGGAUGUGGUGUCGAUUGUAGCGAAAUAG